AUGCGCUUCACUACAAGUCUUCACCUAUUAGGCGCGGCGCUUUUGGCAUCUAUUGCAAGUGCACAAAUUGCUCCUGCACCUGAUGGUUGGCCAAACUUCUGGUAUAAGGGACAUGUUACCAACAAAGCUACCUUUGAGUACAACCCAACAAACGAGUUCAUCUUCCCUAGUAUCUUUCAUGCCGGGGAAUAUCUAGACGACCCUCUGGGAGAAUGGUAUCUCUACUACGCACCACACGAAAACCCAGGUGGAAUCUCCCUCGUGUACUCUGAUAGUCUCGAAGGGCCAUGGAAAGAGUACGAGAACAACCCCAUCAUCGCCAACAAGUGGGAUUCAUACUACUCCGUCCCUCACGUUUCAAGCCCAGAUGCAACUUGGAAUUCUGAUGCUGGGCGAAUGUUUCUUUACUUCCACGGCGAUAACACACAAACUCGCUGGGCAGAGUCAAGCAAUGGCGUUGACUUUCGAUAUGGAGGUGUAGCAGUCAACAACCAAAUGAGCGGCUCCAACACUACGGAAUCAAGCUACGCUCGUGUCUUUGCGCAUCCCAACUCAGCUUCCAAGUAUAACUACGCAAUGUUCUACAUGGCCAACGAAAAAGACAACAGGCGCAAAAUCCGACUCGCUGAGUCUGUCGACGGUCGUAAAUGGACUGUGGAUUCGGACUACGUUGUCCAACCUGGCGGACCUGAGGGGACGGAUGUCUCGGGUGCGAAUUACUGGACAUGGAAUGGUCAGGCGUAUGUUAUAUAUCAUGGUUCCACGGGCAAGAUUUACGCGAGGACUAUUGAUCAGACGUUGCGGGAUGUUGGGGCUGAGCCGAUUUUGCUGUAUCAGUCCAGAGGGAAGGGGGAAGAUGUUGGACGGGUUGCAGCGCCGGAUAUUGCGAGUUCUGGAGGGAAUACUUACUUAUUUUAUGAGUCUGGGGAUAGGCUGGGUGCGACCAUUGCUUGGGCUAAGAUGCAGAAGCAAUAA